CCCUGCCCACGGGUCCACGUAAAAAGUUGACAAUAUUCGAAACAUUGCAAUCGGAUUGGAACACGUCGGCAACGUAAACUUCACCCACCGGCACAUAUUACCAUAUUGCCAGCCAUUUCGUUCUUCUCCAUGCCUUCCCACGGAGAAGUUUCCUAGUAAUUACUCUCAGCAAGUUAAUUUUCUUAUUCGUUCUUCGAAAUUUUCUCGGAUUGUUUUCUGUUUGUUUCUCACGAAAGUUUUCUGUUCUUGAAUUUUGUCGCCUACUUGACCUGUAGCUUGUCUGGUAUAAACUGAGAAUGCCUUUUUUUGUUUGUUGGCUUGCUUUUUGUUAAAUUGAUGUUUUGUUGUAUGAAAUUAAGAGGACUGGCGCGUCUAGUUGAGGCAUUAAUUGUUUGGCGUUUUGAGAUCUAGGGUUUUGGUUAAUUAAUAUCUCUUUUUGUACUUUCUAAAUCCAUUUGUGGAUUCGGUUGCUGAAAAAUCGUUGGAAACAAAGGAAAAGGAGAAUUGAACGUUUGUAGUUGUAUAUUAGAGUAAUGCUUGUACUCAUUUAUCCACUUAAUUAAGUCAUGUACUAUUGUUUUUAUUAGUUAAAUAAAUCAAACAGUACCUUUAAUAACAAACAGUAUCUAGAAUUGGAACUGUAUUUGUUGGGCUAUUUCCUGUUUUUACUUUCCGUCUACUGAAUUUCUAAUUCUUUACUUUGGCAGGUGCCGCGCUUGUUUGGUAGUCUGAAACCCAUAAAAAAAAAAGUUGCUUUAUGAGAUUUGAUGCUUUAGUCUUUGGGUUCAGAGGAUUCGACUGAGUCAAUGAUGGCACAUGCUGGUUCUAUGCGAUUGUCCCGUGAACUGGAGAUAUGUAGUGGUUAUGGAUGUAGUAAACAACAUACUAAUGUGAUGGGAAAGGGUCGAUUAAGCUUGGUGCACAUCAAUCUUUCAUCGAAUGUUUUGGAUGCCUGGAGUCUCCAUCUUUUGAGCAGUGUGCGUGGUCCAAUAUGUCCUGUAUCCUCCAGAUGUAAUGUUUUCUUUUGUCAAUCUGUUCUAGCACCUGGUGGCGGAAAUGAGACUUCUCUUCUGAAAUCUGCAACUGUGGUUUUAACGAGGUCAUAUGAGGCUCUACGUGGAAAGCCUCUUGCACUUUUGAUUCCAGCUGUUGGUAUCAUUGCUUUUGCCGCUUGGGGUCUUGGGCCACUCAUGCAUAUGAGCAGAACUAUAUUUCUUCAUAGAACUGAUAGUAGUUGGAAGAAAAGUAGUACAUACUAUUUUAUGACUUCUUAUCUUCAGCCUUUGCUGCUAUGGACUGGAGCAAUACUAAUCUGCAGAGCAUUGGAUCGUGUAGUCCUACAUUCAGAAGCCAGCCAGGCUGUCAAACAACGACUUUUGAAUUUUGUACAAUCGCUAUCGACAGUGCUAGCAUUUGCCUAUUGUUCAUCAAGCUUGAUUCAACAGGGACAAAAAUUCUUUAUGGAGACAAAUGACCCCAGUGAUGCAAGAAAUAUGGGCUUCAGUUUUGCUGGGAAAGCUGUUUAUACUGCAGUUUGGGUUGCUGCUGUCUCAUUGUUCAUGGAGUUGUUGGGUUACUCUACCCAAAAGUGGCUAACUGCCGGUGGUCUUGGCACAGUAUUGCUCACGCUUGCUGGUCGUGAGAUAUUUACCAAUUUCCUUUCAAGUGUAAUGAUUCAUGCAACGCGGCCAUUUGUUGUGAAUGAAUGGAUUCAAACGAAGAUUGAAGGCUAUGAAGUUUCUGGCACAGUUGAGCAUGUGGGUUGGUGGUCGCCAACAAUUAUAAGAGGUGAUGAUCGUGAAGCAGUUCACAUUCCAAACCACCAGUUCACUGUUAACGUUGUGAGGAACCUUACUCAGAAGACGCAUUGGCGCAUCAAGACCCAUCUUGCCGUCAGUCACUUGGAUGUUAAUAAGAUCAAUACCAUUGUAGCCGAUAUGCGUAAGGUUUUGUCCAAAAAUCCUCAAGUAGAGCAGCAAAGGUUGCACAGAAGAGUUUUUCUAGAAACUAUCAAUCCAGAAAAUCAGGCUCUUAUCAUUUUGAUAUCUUGCUUUGUGAAAACCUCACAUUUUGAAGAGUACCUCUGUGUCAAGGAAGCAAUACUGCUGGAUCUUCUCAGAGUUAUCAGCCAUCAUCGGGCGCGGCUUGCCACACCCAUUCGCACAGUGCAGAAAAUAUACAGUGAGGCUGACUUGGAAAAUAUUCCGUUUGCUGACACCAUUUUCACUCGUUCGCGAGCAGCUGCUAACAAUCCCAUCCUACUCAUUGAACCCUCUUAUAAAAUCAGCAGUGAUGAUAAAAGUAAGACUUCGGCUCGUCCAAUACGUAAUGGAGAAAAAGACACCAAGGUUGAAGCAGUAUCAAUACCCGACUCCAAGGCAGAUACAAAGGCUGGAUCAGACACAAGCUCAAGUUCUAAGACUUCAACAAUGCAGAUAUCUAACAACGAAACCCAGAAUUUGGUGUCUGAUGGUUCAGCCCAAAACAACUCCAAAAUGCAGCAUCUCAAGCAAGAAGGCACAGGAGAUGUAGGAAAGGAGACAAUGGAACCAAAUUCCAAAGAUUUAACUCCAUGUGGGUCAAUGGCUGAGAAGCCAUUAUCUACUUCCCUGGAAUCAGGCAGUGAAAAAAUGGAUAAUGCUUCAGCCGAUUUACAAGCGAAGCAAGAUGGUGGGAGGGCUGUUGCAUCACAAUCAACACCGAGGCCGCCCGUGGAAGAGAAUAUUGUUCUCGGCGUAGCCUUAGAAGGGUCAAAACGAACGCUUCCGAUUGAGGAGGAAGUGGCUCCUUCUCCGACGCAUGUAGAGUCAAAAGAAUUUACUGCUAGGAGAAAUGGGUGCGAGUCUCCUCCCAUUAGCAAAGAUAAGAAAGAUGGUCAAAUGCCAGCAGUUCCUAUCGGCACACAAAGCGAUUAACUGCAUGAAAAAGGCGACGAUUGCUGAUAUUAUAAGUAAUCAAUGCUCCUACUGAUUGAAGUUUCAAGUGUAUGUGGCUGAGUUUUUAAAAGCUGCAUUGCAUAAAAUCCCUUGAUUGUAGUUUGUAAAUAAUUGUCGAAUCAAACAGUUAUUCACGGCAGACAUGAUGAUUUGCCAGUGUUAUUAGAUAAGGUGAAAUCUUAAAUGUUUUUUCACCACUUCAUUUUA